ACAUAUCCUCUGUGCGUCUCUGCGCUCGUCAGAAAUAGAUGUGCAGGCGGAGGACUCAGUGCAGGGAGAUGAACCCCGCUGCAGGUCCCGGAGCAGACGAGCCCAGCACAGCCGGUCAGCUCCUCUCCACCUCGGCUGCUCUCCUCCUCUCUCAGCUGGACGUCACACGCCGUCCGGGUCCGGGAUCAUGCUGUCCUGCUUUUUAUCGCCUCACCGGAUCGCUGCGGAGUGAAAGAGAGAGUCCGCACCGGAUCUAAACUCUGCGCACUUCUUCUCUUCAUUUAGAGAUUUCCGCACACCUGACGCAGUUUUCUCAUAUCCAGUGUUGCUGCAUCAUCAAGGAGAAAUGCUGAUUCUAGUUGUGAUUGGUCUGGCCGUGCUGUCAGAUGCAGGCCUGCCUGUGGAGGUGUUUAGAGCAGGUGUGGCCCCCCGCUGUGAGAGCCGGGCCUGCAACCCUCGCAUGGGUAACCUGGCUCUGGGUCGGCAGGUGUUGACCCAGACCGUCUGCGGCAACAACGCCACCGAGCUCUACUGCUCCUACUUAGACCCCAACCCCAACACGGCCUGUGGCGCCCCCAAAUGCGCCAAAUGCAACGCUGGUCUGCCCCCCUUGGCCCACCCGGCCGGGGCCAUGUCUGACUCCUCCUUCCGCCACCCGAACACCUGGUGGCAGUCCGCUGAAGGCGUGGCGUCUGAAACUCUGCAGCUGGACCUGGAGACAGAGUUCUACUUCACGCAUCUCAUCGUGGUGUUUCGCUCGCCACGGCCCUCUGCCAUGACCCUGGAGCGCUCGCAGGACUUUGGGCGAACGUGGAAGACGUUGCAGUAUUACGCCAGCAACUGUAGCACCGCCUUCGGACUGGAGGAGGGAAAGGCAGGUGUGGGCCGGGAUGGAGCCACCUGCACCUCCAAGUACUCGGGGGCCUACCCCUGCAGCCGAGGCGAGGUGAUCUACCGAACCCUCCCGAAGUGGCAGUCCCUGGAUCCUUUCGGGCCGGAGGGCCAGCUGCAGCUGAGGGUCACCAACAUCCGGAUUCGGUUGCUGAAGCAUCAGUCGUGUCCCUGCCAGGCCAAAGACCUGGCCUCCGCACGGGAAGCAGCUCUCCACACGCAACACUUUGCCAUCUAUGACCUGAUGGUGAAGGGAAGCUGCUUCUGUAACGGACACGCGGAGCAGUGCGUCCCAGCGCCGGAAUACCAGCCCACCAGAGACCGCAGCAGCCAUGUGGUUCAUGGGAAGUGUGUGUGCAGACACAACACUGCAGGAGAUCACUGCGAGCGCUGUGCUUCGUUAUACAACGACCGGCCCUGGCAGCCUGCUGACGGACUGACGGGAGCGCCGCACGAAUGUCUGAAGUGCAAGUGUAACGGACACUCCCAGAGCUGUCGUUUUGACUGGACGGCGUGGCGCGAGUCUGGCCAACGAAGCGGAGGUGUGUGUGAGUGUCUGCACAACACUGAAGGGCGCCAGUGUCAGAACUGCAAAGCCGGCUUCUACAGAGACCCCCAGCGGCCCCACACCGCUCCUGACUCCUGCAGACCAUGCAGCUGUCACCCAUCGGGCUCCGUGUCUUUUCACUUGGCUGAUGGCGCUCUGUGCGACUCCUCCAAUGGAAACUGCAUCUGCAAACCUGGAGUAGGCGGCGUGAACUGUGACAGGUGCAUGGUGGGAUACUGGGGCUUUCACGAGUACGGCUGUCGUCCGUGUGACUGUGCAGGAGACUGUGACCCAUACACUGGACAUUGCAUGUUUGGCUCUGAUCUGGAACAGUACGACCUGGAUGUAAACUCCAGUGAACCCGUCAGGAUCUUCAGAGCAGAUGAACUGUUUUCUGCUCUCCACUACUCGGAGAAAUGUGAGUGCAAAGAGCAGCUGCUGACCAACAGUAAACUCUUCUGCACCAUGAAUUAUGCUUACGUGCUAAAGGUGAAAGUGCUGUCAGCCCAUGAUAAAGGCAGCCAUGCUGAGGUGGAGGUCAAAGUUCAAAAGGUGCUCAGUCAGAACACCAAACUGAACAUACAGCCAAGCCGAGUCACCCUUUACCCCGAGUCCUGGACGGCACGGGGCUGCACCUGCCCCAUUCUUAACCCAGGUGUGGAGUACUUGGUGGCGGGUCAUUCAGACCGUAAGCAGGGUCGCCUCCUGGUUAACAUGAAGAGCUUUGUCAAGCCCUGGAAAGCCAGUUUGGGACGCAAAGUCCUUGCCUUCCUCAAAAAAGACUGCAACUGGUAGAUGAACAGUGACGAGACAAGAGGGACAAGUGACCUGACUGGUGAGACUCCUUCUGAGUCACGAAGCCUGCUGUGGGAGCAGGUUUUAGAGGACUGACCUGGGCUGAUCGGACCUCUUCGAACAGCUUUUGUUCAGUGAGAGGACAGAGUUGAUGUUGGACAGCACAAAUGAAAGGCACUCUGGACAUAUUAAGACAUUUGUGUCUGACAUCAGAGCAAACAUUUACUCUUCUAUCCUCAUGUAGGAGUAUGCAGCUAAAAAACACAAGGAUUUCAUCUUUAUGUCCAAUACUGAGUGUGUGAGAACAGCUGUUCCUCCUGUGCAGCACUUUAGCCUAAGAUGGACUGAAACAGAAACAUGGACACGCAGACUGAACCGAGUUGGACACAACCUCCCGAGGUGGAUGGAUGUGUGUUCCCUAUACGGUGAACGCACACACACACACAAGGAAGCAGUGGUGUGUGUUAGCUGCAGACACAAUGUGCUUAUCACCCCGAGCGACGCUGAACAAGCCAUACAAGCCACUACAGGUGGUUAAAGCUUAGCCAGUCCAGGUGUGUCUGUGUUGAAAUCAGAGAAAAUGGGUUUUACUGCAAACCUGAAUGUAUUUUCCUGACUGUGUGUGUGUGUGUGCAUGCGUGUGUGAGUGAGUGAGUGAGUGAGUGAGUGAGCACCAUAAUUCAAGCACAGUUCAGAUUCAGUGCAGUUUUAAGCUCCUCUGUAGGGGUGAAACCAUCUGAUGUUUAUAAGUAAUGUGAUUCUUCUCAUAUUUACGCUUCACUGCUGAACUCAGAAAAAAAUCACAUUUUUCCUUCCUUUCAGUGUUAUUUGUAUAUAUCUAUAUAAAUAUUAUGGCUCAUUGCUGUGUCUAUUUUGUUCUUGGUAAUAUUAAAGGAUCAAUCCGGCCUCA